AUGCUGCCGCCGUCUUGCCGCCUGCUCCCUCUCAUCUCGUCGCCGCCUCCUCCGCACUCCCUGCACGUCGCCAAAACUCUCAUACCCAGGCAGACCCAUGCCGGGGCCCGGGCCCGACACGUUGCCCCCACCAUGUCCGCUCAGCUAGAUGCCGCCCUCUCCGCCGGCUUCGUCCGCCUCCUCAACGCCGGGCAGGAGGACGCGGACUGCGGCGGCGGGCACUACGAUCCGAAGCCGGGGGACUACGCCGUCGGGAUCGUUGUCUCCGGCACCGAGGCUCGCCUCGACGUUGCCGUUGGCGCCGACCGCCUCGCUACGCUCCUCACCAAGGAGCUCCUCCCGCUCUGCCGCGCGGAGCUCCCUACUGGAGGUGCUAAACCGGCUCCGCCUCGGCCAGGGAGCGUGGGCGUCUCGGAGACCUCCCCCGUGGAUGAAGAGACCCAAAAUCAGAAGCGCGGGGCCAGGACGCUGGUGCCGCCCGGCACGGUGGUCUUCGCGGAGGUGCUCGGGCGCACACUGAGCGGGCGGCCGCUCCUGUCGGCGAGGCGGCUCUUCCGACGCCUCUCGUGGCACCGGGCAAGGCAGAUUAUGCAACUUGACGAGCCAAUUGAGGUCAAAAUUUACGAAUGGAAUACUGGAGGACUGCUUACAAGAAUUGAGGGUCUGAGAGCAUUCCUUCCCAAAUUUGAGCUCAUGGACAGGAUAAGUACGUUUACAGACUUGAAAAACAACGUUAGUCGCAGCAUAUGUGUGUGCAUUAUAAGGCUAGACGAAGAAACUAAUGACCUCGUAGUUAGCGAGAAGAAAGCAUGGGAAAUGACAUAUCUUAAAGAAGGAGCUCUUCUAAAAGGGAAUGUACACAAGAUUUUUCCAUAUGGUGCGCAAGUUAGGAUAACGGGGACCAACAGAAGUGGAUUACUGCACAUCUCCAACAUUAGUCAAGGCCGUGUCUUGUCAGUAAGCGACAUCCUAAAAGUAGAUGAUGAGCUGAAAGUUCUGGUGAUCAAGUCAAAUGUUUCUGACAAAAUUGCACUCAGCAGCAUAGCAGACCUGGAGAGUGCUCCUGGUUUAUUUCUGUCAGAUAAAGCGAAGGUGUUUUCAGAAGCUCAGGAAAUGGCAAAGAGGUACCGGGAGCAGCUUCCAGUUGUCUCUCGGAACACUAAAUUAGAUUAUGACCUUCGAGGGGAAACUAUUCCGUUUGAUAAUGAAGCGACACUUUAUGCAAACUGGAAAUGGUUCAAAUUUCUGAGGCAUGCCAAAUCUGGUGACGAAAAUGAUAGAACAUAA